AAGAAAAGCCCGCACAGCCCUUGUUGACGGGGGACCUUUGCAUAACGGAGGAGUCCUUUUCGGUGUGGAAAGAGUGACAUGAGGUAACGUGCAACCCGUAGCAACCCAUCCUUUGCUCCUGUCUUUGCCGGCUCUCUCUCUCUGGACGACGACGACGACGGUCGCGCGGAACUACCACUUUUACGAGAAUAGGGUCACGGAUCAGCUAAGCUAGAACUGUAUGAACGUUGCGCUGCGCUCCGGUCUCGCUGGACCCCGGCGCAUUCGCGCACACGGGCUCGCGGCGACCACUGGCGCGGGCCUGCAACUUCGCCGGCGGUUGCGCCGCGGGCUCCACGCGCGAGCGCGCGAGUACCUGCCGGAGUUGCCCGGCCUGACUGAGUCGCAGCAGUCGGUGCGGACGGCGAUCGCCAAGAUCUGCGCCGACUUCCCGGACGCGUACUGGGCGCGCUGCGAUCGGGAGGCGAGAUGGCCGUACGAGUUCACCAAGGCCAUCUCCGCCGCGGGCUGGUUGGGCAUCUGCAUGCCUGCCAAGUACGGCGGGGCCGACCUGGGGCUCGCCGAGGCGGUCGCCAUGAUGCAGACCGUCGCCGAGAGCGGCGGGGGCGGCACGGCGGCGAGCAGCAUCCACAUGAACAUCUUUGGCCUGGCUCCAGUCGUCAAGUUCGGGACGGAGGAGCAGAAGGAGAGGUGGCUCGUGCCCCUGAUCGCGGGCCGGGAGAAGGCCGCCUUCGCCGUGACGGAGCCUGACACGGGCCUCGACACGCUUCGGCUGAAGAGCUUUGCGAGGAGGGAGGGGGACAAGUACGUACUGAAAGGGAGCAAAGUGUGGACGUCGACGGCGCAGAUCGCCGAGAAGGUUCUCAUUCUGGUCCGCACCAAGGCGCUCGAGGACUGCGAGAGGCCGUCGCAGGGUCUGUCGCUGUUCUACACCAACCUCGACCGGUCUCAGGUCGACGUGCAGGAGAUCCCGAAGAUGGGGCGCGCAGCCAUCGACACCAACACGCUGUGCUUCGAUGACUGGGAGGUCCCCGCCGACGAUCUGCUAGGCGAGGAGGGCAGCGGCUUCAAGAUCAUCAUGUACGGCAUGAACGCGGAGCGCAUCCUCCUCGCCUCCGAAGCCGUCGGUCUAGGCUAUGCCGCGCUGCGGCGCGCGGCAAACUACGCUGCCGACCGGGUCGUCUUCGGCCGGCCCAUAGGCCAGAACCAAGCGAUACAACACCCCUUGGCCAAGUCGUGGGUCGAGCUUGAAUCCGCGCGGCUGAUGAUCAACCAGGCAGCCAUGAUGUACGACGAAGGCCACGUCACCGGCGAGUACGCUAACGCGGUCAAGUACCUGGCAGGCGAGGUUGCGUACAAGGCGUGUGAGCGAGCGGUCAUGACUCACGGCGGUUACGGGUACGCUAAGGAGUAUCACGUCGAGCGGUAUCUGAGGGAAGUGCUCAUACCAAGGAUUGCACCAAUUAGUCCUGAGAUGUGCCUUAACUACAUUGGGGAGCGAGUGUUGGGACUUCCGAAGAGCUAUUGACGCGCUGG